ACCUGUGGCGCGAGCUCCCCCGCCCUCUGUAACACGGCGGCUUGUAUAGGUCAAAACGAUUCACGGAUUAACCUAUUCGCGCGCGCUUCAUCUGGAGGCGGCGGAGAAGGGGGCGGGACACUCGUCUAUAGCCCCGCCCACUUCACCCUGCGCAAAUCUCCUCGCCCUCUUCUCACGUUGGCUCGUAUGUUUGUCUUCUCCCCGGUGUUUGGCGUCUGCGCAUGCGCUUGGCGUGACAGGACCUUUCCGAGAUGGAGUCGCUCCUGGGCGAGCUGCCGCUGCGCUUCUCCCGGCUGCCCAUGUUCCCCUUCUUCGACUUGGCACACUAUGCCGCCUCGGUAAUGUCUCUGAAGGAGCAGCGAGGAGCAGUGGAAGUAUCAUGCCACAGCCCAAUCGCAUGCUGGCUUAGUGCUAUGCUUUACUGCUUUGGUGGGUCCAUUUUGUCUUCCUUGAUGCUCGGGGAACCUCCAGUUGCAUUUCUUGCCAAUACGACAAAUGUCCUCCUUGCCUCAUCAGUCUGGUAUCUUAUAUUUUAUUGUCCGCACGAUCUUUUCUAUCGCUACCUGGCUUGCCUGCCUGUUAGACUGUUGGUUUCAGCAAUGAAAGAAGUAACGAGAACAUGGAAAAUAACAGGCGGAGUCACUCAUGCACACAGCCACUACAAAAAUGCAUGGAUAGUCAUGAUAGCUGUUGGUUGGGCCAGAGGAGCUGGCGGUGGCCUAAUAUCUAACUUUGAACAGUUGGUGAGAGGUGUGUGGAAGCCAGAGACUAAUGAACUCCUGAAGAUGUCCUACCCUGUGAAAGUGAGCCUGGUAGGGGCAGUACUCUUCACAGUGCAGCACACCCAUUACCUUCCAAUGGAAGUUCACAACCUCAUGUUGUUCUACACAGUUUUCUUAGUGGUUACCAAGGUAGCCAUGAUGCUGACAGAAUCUAGGACUUCUCCUUUUGCAGUCCUUGAGAAUGCACUGGGCUCCUUCCUCUUUGGUUUUCAGCCAGCUUGCAUGAAAGCGAAGGGCAAGGCCAAAGCAUCUUAUAAUGGUGGCACUUCAGUCAAUGAAUGUACUGCUGGUAGCGAGAUGGGGGAUAGCGUUAAGAAAAGGCAUGCAAAGAAAACGGAAUAAAAAACCACUGAAAAUAGCACCUUUGGGUGGCUAAAAAUAGCUUGUUAGUACAUGGCCAUAUAUGCGUUUAAUGUUUCUCUUUCUCAAUGAUGUGAAAUGACAAUUGUGUAUAAGGAAAUUCAUGUAGCAAGAGGCUAGCUCCAAUGACCCUCAGAGUUCUGUCUGUUGUAAAGUUUCCUGUUUAUGCCCCAUUUCAUGGGGCUCUCCACAGACGAUGCUUGUGGACUUUUUGUCUGCUACUGCUGUGUGGCUCAAUGGUGCCUCUGAUAUAUAUAUUUUUUGUAAAAUAGAGUUCAUGUUUGGAUACUAGACAUCAUGUCAGAUUAUUUUUUCCUAAUGUAAAUGAUAAAAUAAGAGACUAUAUUUGAUCUUACUUGUAUGAGAAAAACUUUAUUGUGGUUAAGUUUUCUAAUUAAGAAAACCAACCCCCUUGCUUUUAAAAACUUGAUAAAAAGGGUUUUUUUUAGUAGCAGUAAAAUGUGACUGCUAAGACUUGGCUAUUUUUUGGUCAAUGAUAACUUAUUUUAGGUACUAUCCAGCCCAUGUUAAGUACUUCCAAAUUCAAUGUAGGAGAGAGAUUUUUGUGCUGAACUUUCCCGCUAAAAUGAGGUAGGACUUAAUCCUGGCUGGAUUCUAAUCUAGGGGUUGAAUAGCAGAGGGUUUCCCUCUCAAUAUUUAUAAAAUAUUGUUUUUACCUAAUUGAACACUGUGAAAUGUUUUUGUGAGAAAGUAAUACAUUCAGUGUCUGAAAAGGGUGAAAAUUCACUUGUACUGUCAAACUUCAGAAACUAGCUUAAUCUGUUGACACUUCCUCUGAAACCUCCAGUUUUCUUAACUCUUGUUCUGGUAUCAAAUGUAGAAGUUUGCAUGGUUGGCCUGAGUCACAAGAAAUCUUGUAACUUUUCACAGAUAUUUCAUAAGUUUUUUAAACUUUGUCUUCUCAUUCAUAUCACUUUGAUACCAGAUGAUGGCUUGGAUCUUGUAGUUUUUCAUGGAUCUUUCAUAAGUUUUUAAAAUUUCUCUAUCGUUCAGAUCACUUUGAUACCAGACAGUGGCUUGGAUCCAAUGCACCAUUUCUGUGCCAGUAGAGAAUGACUUUCUCACCUCCCCGCUCCUAUUGCAGCCCAAAAUACUUCUCGAAAUGCAGUUCCUGGAUGGUCCCCCAGCAGCAUUUUGUGUGUGUGGGGGGGAAUUUUGAGCUGCAGCAGGAGCGGGGGGAGAUGGGGAAGUCAAGAUCUAUGGGCAGAAAUUUCCACGUGUAGAAAUGCACCGUUGGAACCAAGUGAUGGUAAAUGUGAGUUUGCCCUUCAUGGGUGAUUUUUAAGAGGGCAAUGAAACUUGUAGAUGAAGUUCAUGUGAAUUACGUUCAAAUGGCAUGAUGAAAGGUUCAUAUAACAUGGACAGUCCUACUUUUUAAUCUGACAGGGACUCCAUCUAGGAGGAAGCAUGGGCCUUUUUCCAAAUACAGCACAAAUUAUUCUUAGUGGAAUAGAAAGUGCAUUCCAGAGAAGUUUUUCCAAAUCAUUUGGAGCAUCAGCUAUCUAGUGCUAGCUAGAGGUGGCUAGGCCUGGACAGCUUGUGACCCACCAAGCCAAAUGAAAUUCAUUAGCUAAGCACACGUAGGUCCCUAAAGGCUUGAUAAAUCUGCCCCCUCCCCAGCUGCAUGGAACUACAAGAAGAGGAAGGUUGCCAGCCAUCAUAUAUGGCCAAUGCUCUGCUAUUGACUUGUUGGGUCACAAAUUAUGCAAGGCUGGUGGAGGAUAAAUACAGUUUUUAUUUCUUUUCCUUGCUAUCAGUUGAUCUGCAUUGAGAACUGUUCUUAUCAGAAUUUAGCAUUUUGUGUGGAACGCUGCUUGUAAUGCUAUGUAGAAAGAAGGGUAUUUUUGAUUAAGUAGAAGUGAUUUUGAAGUCACUGUGCUGAAGAACAGAGCUCAAUCUAAAACAAAACUAGCCAACAUUUGUGGAUUCAUCAGCUAUCGGGAUGGGCUCCUGGACAUUUAGAGAGCAUACCGAACCACGUGCAGAUUAUGCUUGGAUCUAACUUUGCUCCCUGCAAAACAGAAAUUGUUUUUAUAAGUAAGUGAAAGAUUUCAUCCAGGUCACAUCUGGGUGUGGACAUGAGGUGUGCAGUGUUCAGAAUGCCAACUGUCCACAUUAUGCCUUACAGCUUUUGGGGGGCUCAGUUUACCACUUAGGUGGUCAAUUCUGGAAUGCUGUACACAACUGGAGUAUCACAGAGUGUUUUGUUUGGAAAUGUCCGUGUAGUAUUAUGUUGAAUUCAAUUACCAGGCAGCUGAAAAACAAACACCAGCAAAUGUACUUCUUACACAAGGGGUUCUUCUUCCAUACUGGAAAACUCCGUGAUGUCUUUGGGCUGACCAAGUGUCUUGAUUCUUUUUGGUACUAGAUUUAUACUGAGUUUGGUGCUGUUCUCAACCACUUCAACGGUAAUUGCACUGUUGUCAUUUUAGCACAAAUUGUUGUGAAAAUGUAUUUUAAAUUAUUGUAUAAAGACAUUUAUAGUUGGGCAGAAAACAAUAUUUGUAUUUGGAUUCACUCUGCAUUUAAAAGCCUGCUAUUAAAUGAAAAAUUGAAACUU